AAUUAUAUUGAUAAAAUUAUCGAUGAAGGAAAGACUAUCUACGGGGUUAAUACAAAUUUUGGUGGUAUGGCCAAAAAACAUCUGCCAAUUGAAGAACUUCCCUUGCUACAAGAAAAUGCAAUUUGGAGUCACAAAUGUAGUAUUGGUAAGCAAUUACCUGUAGAACAUGUUAGAGCUAGUAUGCUAAUACGAGCUAAUGCUCUUAUGCGAGGCGUAUCGGGGAUUAGACUCGAAUUAAUUGAAAGAGUGUUAAAGUUUUUAAAUGCUGAUUUAACUCCUGUUGUACGCGAAUAUGGCUCAAUUGGUGCAAGCGGUGAUCUAAUUCCUUUAGCACAAAUUGCUGGUGUUAUUAUUGGAUUAGAUUCUUCUUUUAAAGUUAAUUAUUUAGGAAGUGAGAUAGAUGCUCUUAAUGCACUCUCAAAGCUAGAAUUAAAACCAAUUAAACUUGGUCCAAAGGAAGGUCUGGCUCUAGUAAAUGGUACUUCAUUUUCAACUGGUAUUGCAACACAAUGCAUUUACGAAGUUGAUCGCUUAUUUUCAUUAGCAAUGCAUCUUCAUUCAUUCUUUAUUCAAGCGCUCCAAGGAUCUAGUAAACCUUUUGAUCCCUUUAUUCAUAAACAUAAGCCUCAUGAAGGACAAAUACGUGUAGCAA